AUGAGUCUAUAUCUGUGUACGGUACGGAAGUUGCUGGUCGGAAGCCGCUCAACUAUUCGAGCACAAUACAGUGGUGGUUGGUUCCAAUUCGACAAGGGUAUAAUGCCUGGUCGAAGGUCCAGUACAGUAGGUAGCAGGCAUGUUCGUUUUGGCUCCCGAGCGAGAACGAUAAAUAGGCGCUGCACCAUUCUUGCUGCUAUGUACGUGAACCUUGACUUGAGAGAUUCAUCCAAUGGAACCCACACUCAAAGGAGGACCACAAGCUCGGGGCUCGACGAAACAGAAAAUAUCAGCAUUAAGAAACUUCUUGGGUUAUAUGAUCAACGAGAUCAAUCGGCUAGAGAGCGGGGCUAUUCUUCUUCCAGGAAGGCUAAGUCGUCCCCUCUACUGAUCGAACCCUCAGUUCGAGGGUCUUCGUCAACAUGUUAUGAGGCUCCAGUCUUCGGCGGGUCACCAUUACUUUACUUAGAAAGGCGAACAUCUAGGCAAGGGAAAGCGCAGUGCGCCUAG